AUUUUCUAUGCAAAUUAUCGGAUGUAAUAGUAUGAUUACUUGUAUUUACAAAAUAAAUAUCUUUUGUUGCUAUUAGAAACUAAAAAGUAAAACUUAUUGAAAACAAUGAGGGGUCUGAGAUAAAGCACCUUAAGAGUGAUAUGUUUCACCAGUAUUAAGUGUAGAAAAAGUAGCAAAGAUGGAUGUGGUCGGUAGUGAAAUUGGCCAAAAAAUGCGCUCUGCCAUUAAGGCAAAGUUGACCGAACUGGGAUGCUAUGUUGAUGAUGAACUUCCUGACUAUGUAAUGGUGAUGGUUGCUAACAAACGCACUCAGAUGCAAAUGGAGGAUGACCUACAACUGUUUCUUGCAGAUAAUACAGAACUGUUUGUGAAUUGGUUGCACCAGGUUUUAAAGAAAUUGCAAGAAGUGACAGUUGCUGCACCACUAAAAAUCGACAAAGAGAAAGCAAAAGAAAGAUCUGCAUCAAAAGACAGAAAAUCAAAAGAAAAGAAAGAUAAAGACAAGUCAAGAAGGAGUGAUUUUUUAAAAAAAUCAAAAAAGAAAGAAAAAGAAAAGCUUCUACACAAGAAAGAAAAAAAAUCACAAAAGAACAAGAAAGAAAAGAGAAGUAAGAGCCAUGAGCGCAUCCGCCCAAAUAUUCCACCACUGUUAAUGAAUAUGGAAAAAAAUUCUGAACCCUCAAUAACUGAUGUUUUUGCUGGUCAAAUCCUCAAAAAUCAUGGAGUCAACCUUGAUAAUUACAAAGACGACAUUAAAAUUACAGAAACUAAAGUCUUAAAUAAAGAAAAGAGACAGAUUCUACCAAUAAUAGAUCCUGCUUCCAUGUUGGAGCCAGACACAAACUCAUCAGAACCACAAAAUUCUGACUCAAAUUCAAUUGAAGUGCCGAGACAGAGUGCAUUGAAAGAAAUGACUGAAAUUGAAGCCAAAAUACAAGGGUUAAAGCAGAAAUUGGUGGAGCAAUUGGAUUCUAUGUCUGAUGAUGAAGACUUUUUAACUAUAAGAACUGAGGCCGAAGAGCUAAUGAACGAUUUUGCCGAGGAUGUCUUUCAGGAAAUUAGUCAACCAACGAAAGCGGCACUCGUCGUAUCAGGAGAUACAACGAUUCAAAAAAAUACACUAAAAUCUAUCCCGAAGGAACCGACGGACCGGCCCAUCGAGGUCCCGAAGGUUGCCACGGAACGUUCAAAAGACAGUUCGGCCGUUGAAGUUUUAGGGAUCCCCAGAGACCCCACGGAGACGUUGCCCCAAAUCGAACUGAAUCUCCCGAAACGCCCCAUCAGGGAGCGGCUCGGCUCUCGCAAUCCAGCCAAGGAUGCGGAAGUCAAGGAGACGGGCAAACCCUUAAGCCCCGAAAGCUUCACUCCAGAAAGGGAGACGGCGGAGCCGGUCGAGACCAGAAGGGCGGACGACGGCAGCGCCAAGAGGCUCACUUCCAAAGUGUGCGCGUCCGUGGUGCGGGUCCGCCCUCGGCCCCGAGCCAACGCCUCCGCCUCCAACCUGCUGCUGAGGGCCGUCGCCGACGCGCACAAGAGCCUGCUCAACAUUCCCCCCAAAGUGGAGACGGAGCCGUCCAGGGUGAAGCGGGCGUUGGUGCUGCCCAUGCGCCGCUGCGUAGAUCCCGAAAAGAUCGUCAUCCGCGUGGCCGCCGACGGAGGGAGCGACGAAGUGCAUAGGUUCGUGAGCAGCGCGAGGGCGAAGGACGAAUACUCGCCGAUUUCCUCGAGCAAGAGAAUCUCGGACUCGGCCUACGUCCCCACUCGGAACGCCGUCGCCUCCGCCCCCGCUUCCGCCUCCGCCGCGGACGACUCGCUCGUAGUCGAUGCCAUAAACAUACACAAUCCGACUGUCGACAAAGACAAAGACACACAAUUCAUAGUUACAAUGGACGGUUACCACCCGAAUGCGUUCCUGGCCAAAAAGCUUAUGACGGAAGGUCUAUUAGACGACGACGGUGAAUCAGAAAAGCUAACUCCACAAACGACAAAGGAAAAAGAGAUUAACAAAAAAGAUAAAAUUGAACCUGUGAAGACUAAAUUAGAUGACUUCAAAACGGACGUCGAAAUGGCGCCGGUCAACGACAUAGUCAACGAAAAGAAACCCGAAGUAAACGAGGAGCCGAAAGAGAAGAAAGAAGGCCCCGUCUCGUCGGCCAUCAGUCAGAAGAAACGGUUGAGCGACACGAGCGAAGAUAGCGGAACUCAAGUUAUUAUAAAACAGGAACACGAAAAGGUCGAAAAGAGAAAAACGGACGUAGUACCGAGUGCGAUAGAGACGGGCGUACCUGCGGUCAAAAAGAGAAGGGCGUCGCCGAUAGUCUUCGACGUCGAUACGAAAGCGAGAGACAGAGACGUGCGAAGAGAGAGGACGGUGAGCGCGAGCAGCGACACUCAGUCCAUCUCGCUCACCACCGUCACCGACUCGAACAAAUACGACGCGGUGCCUCCGCUGUCGCAGGCCGUGGCAGGCAACGAGCGACGGGGUUCGUGGUGCCGAGCCUUCCCUUCGUGCCGCUUCGGCCCUUCGUGCGCGUUCGUGCAUCCUCGCUGCAAGUUCGCGGCCUCCUGCACCCGCCGAGGCUGCGUAUACGCACACGACGCGCCCUCCGUGGCCUCCCACGUGGUCCCCGUCGCGAACUUCAAAUCCGUUUCGAGUUCGAUUCCCAACCUGUGCAAGUUUUAUCCGAACUGCUCGAACCCUUCGUGCCACUUCUACCAUCCGAAGCCCUGUCGCUUCGGAAAGGGCUGCGCUAACAGGCUCGAGUGCAAUUUUUACCACGCAGACGUUCCGGGGAAGAUGUAUUCCCUUUGAAACAUUUAAUUAUAUAUAUUAUUAGGAGUG